AUGGGAAUACCUAGAGGAGUGAAAACCUCUUUGCUAACAUUGACAUGGUUUCCAGUACUAUAUUCUUUUACGAAUCAUGGAUAUCAACCGUAUCAAAUAACCGGAUCAUCAAUGACACCAACUUUCAAUCCAGGUACUUCUACAAUGACAAAAGAUAUUGUUUUAGUACAGAAAUAUAAUGUUAAAAAACCGGGAUCACUAUCAAGAGGAGAUAUUAUUAUGUUUAGAUCACCAGAAAAUCCUGAAAAAUUAUUGACUAAACGAGUGGUGGGUAUACAGGGUGAUAUUGUACGACCUAAAUCACCACCGUAUCCUAAAUCUGAAGUGAAAAUCCCAAGAAACCAUUUAUGGGUUGAAGGAGAUAAUAGUUUCCAUUCUAUAGAUUCUAAUAAGUUUGGACCUGUUAGUCAAGGAUUAGUGAUUGGUAAAGUUGUGACAAUAAUAUGGCCUCCAAGUAGGCUUGGAAGUGAUUUACAAAGAAAUUUAUAG